AUGUGUUCUGGUAUGAACACGAAAAAAACACAUCGUGUGCCAUGGAGUGGUGGUAUCCCACCAUGUAAAGGCGAAGAACCAUAUACCGAGGAAUUUGGCCCAGCAAUUUGCAUGUGGACCCCUGAUGAUUGGGCUUUUGAUCCAUCCUUUACUGAUUUCGAGGUGGAAGACUUAUAUUUCGAGAGAUUCGACAGACAUGAUAUUGAGAUACUCGAACAGCUUGCAGUAGGGCUGGAUGAAGAUGGCGAGAUAAUAAGAGUGGGCAUUUGGGGCAACAACGAGACGCAAAAACGGCUCGGACAGAAAUACGGUUGGUUCGAAACAUAUGCUCAUGUCGACAAGAUAGCUAGUGGGGAAAGUGGCUGGGAGGAUUUCGAAGUAUACUUCACCCAUCUCGAGGGCUUGGACUUGCGUUGUAGAACACCCAUGGGUUUUCACCCAGUGAGAAAUGAUGGCGAACUUCCAGAAUUUUGCCUCGAAGACUGGAUCUUUAUUUGGGAUUGUUCUCCUAUCGAUCCUGAUGAGAUUGAUACUGGAGCUUGGGAUACACGAGAGAACUUCCCUGCGCAUUUACAGGGCACUUCAGAGCCAUCCCAGUCGAAACCCAAUCUAUACACACGUCCCAAGGCAAGAUCAACAUGGAAUACCGAACUAGGAACCGUACUUCUAGCACCCGCUCCCGACACCCAACUCCUCGGCUUCUCAACCACCAAACUCCAAAUAUCCUCGCACGCCCAACAAACUCUCAAAAGCAACCGCUACCAUGAGCUCUGCAACCUCGAACAACAGUCCCAAGCUCGCAUUCUCAUAUUCGAUCCAUACCGUGCUCAGGAUGGAAGAGUUUCAGACACCGCGUUGGUCUUCAUUCAAGGCUCGCCAUAUGCUCGACAUCAAGCGGUUAAACUUCUUACUGCUUUUCAAGAUAAUUUGGAGAAGGGAUUGAUGGAUUCGAAUGUCAAUUUUAGGUUUUUGGGGCCGGGUCGCUCGAGGGGGAGAAAGGGGAAUGGUUUGAAGAAGAUGAAGUGA